CCGCCGUACCCGCGCGUGUGCCAGGUCGGGGACCCGGCGCUGCGGGCCGUGGCGGGCCCUGUGGACCCGGCGCAGCUGGCGGGGCCCGAACUGCAGAUGCUGGUGCAGAGGUUGGUGCAGGUGAUGCGGCGCCGACGCUGCGUGGGCCUGAGCGCUCCGCAACUCGGGGUGCCGCUGCAGGUGCUGGCUUUAGAGUUCCCCGAGGCGUUCUUCCGCGCCUGCGCGCCGCCCCUGCGCGAGGCCCGCCAGAUGGAGCCCUUCCCCCUGCGCGUGUUCGUGAACCCCCGCCUGCGGGUGCUAGACAGCCGCCUGGUCACCUUCCCUGAGGGCUGCGAGAGCGUCGCCGGCUUCCUGGCCUGCGUGCCCCGCUUCCAGGCCGUGCAGAUCUCAGGGCUGGACCCCAAAGGGGAGCAGGUGGUGUGGCAGGCAAGCGGAUGGGCAGCCCGUAUCAUCCAGCACGAGAUGGACCACUUGCAGGGCUGCCUGUUCAUUGACAAAAUGGACAGCAAGACAUUUACGAACAUCUACUGGAUGGAGGUGAAUGAUUAAAAUUUUCCUGCUGCAUCUGAGGAUUCUGGAAAUGAAAACACAAACACUUGGGAUUUGAGCUGGGCAUGGCUUGCCUGUUAUCAACUUGAUAUUGGGUUGGCUCUGACAGAAAACAGAAUUGCCAAACCAGGUUGGAGGAAUAUAUAAAAAAUGUUUGCCCUGAAAUCAUCCAUGGACAAAAUACUGCCUUCAACGUGAAAAGAAAAUGAACUCCCCCAAAGAGUAGACAUUUUCUGAUGAUUUUGUGUGGUAAAAAGUGGGGCAAAUAGGGCGCCUGGGUGGCUCAGUUGGUUAAGCGACUGCCUUCGGCUCAGGUCAUGAUCCUGGAGUCCCUGGAUC